ACAAAAUCAUCUUCUGAGAUUCUGAAGGCAACGAUCUGAAAACUACGGUUUAUCAUGGCAAUGCUGAGAAAUCUUCUGGUUCUUUUUUUUGUGUUCUCCAUGGGGAAUGCAGAAGUUGAUAUAGUUGAAAAAUGCCCCUUUGGAUGGACCAAUUUUGGAGUCCAAUGCUACAAGUUCUUCUCUCAGUCGGUUAACUGGGUCACAGCAGAGAGAAACUGCCAAAGUCAGGAUGCCAAUCUCGCAUCUGUGCACAGUAAAGCAGAAAACGAUUUUCUGCUGAGUCUGUUGCCUACUGCUGCCACACGUUGUUGGGUUGGUAUUCAAGAUGGAGUACAAGAAGGACAGUGGUUGUGGAGUGAUGGAACUCCAUUUGACUUUACCAACUGGGGCUCUGGAGAACCUAACAAUCUGGGUACUGAGAAUUGCGGGGAGCUCAACUGGAGCUCUAGCCGUUGGAAUGAUGCAUCCUGUUCAACUUCACUGGGCUAUAUUUGUGCUAAAGACCUGUGAGAUCUACAAUCAUCCUGCUCCACAGUUACUUGAUUGUUUUACAUUAACAUGCUCUAUCUUAUCUUAUCUUAUCUUUGCAAAAAUGGUUAUUCUCUGCAAAUUGGUCUUCUAAUCAAUAAAAAAGCAUUGGAAAAUA